AUGAGUGAGGGUGCGAAUGAAUGUAAAGUGCCUACCCAAGCACAAAAGUCAGGCAGGUCAAAGUCGCCUAAUCCAUUAAGUUCUAUUAGUGUACCUGUACCUGAAUCUGAACGCAUUCCACUGCUAAAAAAGCAAAGGGGUGCUGUAAAGUGUCGAUUAACUUUGUUCGAAAAAUAUUUUAAUAAGCUGUUAGAAGGGGGUAGAUUAAGCUCAGAACAAACGGUCGAGUUACAAUUGCGAUACACCGCUUUAACUGAAUUAUUUAAAGAAUUUAAUAGUAUUCAAGUUGAAGUUGAGAACAUUGUUGAUGAGUGUGAUCUUUUACAGCAUCUAGAGUACCGAGAACAGUUUGAGAGUUCAUAUUACCGCGUAUUGGCUGCUAUAAAGCAACUAUUACGUGACGAAAAUAAAGAUAUUCGGCCUCAAAUGUUUUCAAAUAAUCCUGUGUCGAUAAAAUUACCCGAAAUAAAACUACCUAUAUUUGAUGGCUCCUAUGACCGGUGGCUUGAGUUUCGUAAUUCUUAUAAGACUAUGAUUCAUUCUCGUGAUGAUUUAGAUUCGAUUCAAAAAUUCCAUUAUCUAAAAUCAUCAUUGAGUGGCUCUGCCCUUCAAGUGAUAAGUGCCUUAGAAUUUACUGCCCCGAAUUACUUUAUUGCUUGGGAUUUAUUGGAAAAUAGAUUUCAUAAUAAUCGUUUGCUCGUUCAAAAUCACGUUAAGUCGCUAUUUACUAUACCAUCGAUUACUAGGGAAUCACCCACUCAAAUCCGUAAAUUAAUUGAUACAACUUUACGCAAUUUACGCGCAUUAAAUUCAUUAAAUGAACCUACUAACUAUUGGGAUACCCUCAUUAUUUAUUUAAUUGUGUCGAAGCUUGAUUGUUCAACAGAACGCGAAUGGGAGACACACAAGGGUACUUUUAAUGUUAGUCGAGAUAAUAAUAGUAGUUUGAAGUUGGACGAUUUAAUUUCAUUUUUAAAAAACAGAGCUGAUAUGUUAGAAAUGAUUCAAAGUUCAAACCAUAAGCCCAAUAGUUUACCGAUCAAAUCGAGCCAAGACUAUUUACGAGGUACAGAUCAUAAAAAACAUUUAAAUAAAUCAUUUAGUUAUGUUGUGAGUAAAAAUGUUAAUAAUCAGAGACAAAAUAAAAUUCCUAUGCGUAAUUGUUUGUUGUGCAAUGAUAAUCAUUAUCUUUACACAUGUCCGAAGUUUCUUACGUUAUCGGUGCUAGAAAGACUUAACUUUGUAAAGGAUAAAUCAGUCUGUACUAAUUGCCUACGUACAGGAGGUCAUACGGCAGAGAGUUGCACGUUCAGUCAUUGUAAAAUCUGUCAAAUAAAACAUAAUACCUUGCUUCACGUUGAGAACAGUGUAGGUAAUAGUGAUACUUCGGAGACGGUUCAGCAGGUGGCGUCAUUUAAAACAAAAAAUAAUGCGAGCAACGUUACUCGCACCAGUCAUGCACUCGCAUCAAAAACAUCGAUCUGUGCGACUAUACCGCAGCCGGUUCUAUUAUCAACGGCGCUUAUAGAAAUAGCCGAUGCAGAUUAUAAUUUUCAAACGGCGCGCGCACUUCUUGAUAGUGGCAGCCAACAUAGUAUUAUUACCGAAAGGUUAUAUAAACGUUUAAAUAUUACAUGUAUACAGUCCACUAUACGCGUUAGUGGUGUAGGACAAAUGAUUUCACAUUCUAACAAUUCGUGUAAAAUUAAUAUACGUUCAAAGACAUGUUCUUUUAAUACCCACGUACAAUGUUUAAUUUUAUCUACUAUUACUUCAAGCUUGCCCUCUGUAAGGUUUGAUUGUAAUUACUGGCAAAUACCUAAUAAUAUUAAACUUGCAGACCCUACAUUUAAUAUUCCAGCCGAUAUUGAUCUGUUACUAGGCGCUGACAUGUUCUGGGAAUUAUUAAAUAAUAAUAAAAUUAAGCUUAAAAAUGGCCCAAUUUUACAAGAUACUAAAGUAGGGUGGAUAAUAUCGGGGCCUAUUCAUAAUAUGCGUUAUACGACUAAGCAGGUUCAAUGUAACACUGUCAGUAUUAUUGAUUCCCAAUUAAAAAAAAUCUGGGAAUUAGAAGAAAUUGCGAAUAAGUCAAACGUUAUUUCCAGUGAAGAUGAAAUCUGCGAAAAAAUCUUCACAGAUACAACGGUACGAGACGAGCAUGGCAGGUUUCACGUACGCAUGCCAUUACGGCAGCCGGCGAACGUCUUAGGCGACUCGUACACUAGGGCAAGAAAUAGUUUUUUUUCGCUAGAAAAUAAAUUAGACCGUUCUCCUCAAUAUAAAAAAUUAUAUAUUGAUUUCAUGCAAGAAUACGAAGAGUUAGGACAUAUGUCGUUAUGGACAGGGGAUAUAAAUAACAUGAAAACCCCAUACUAUUUUUUACCCCACCAUGGCAUAUACCGCGAGGAUAGCUUGACAACAAAAUUGAGAGUCGUUUUUAAUGCAAGUGCUGCUACAACCUCUAAUUAUUCGUUGAAUGACAUACAAUACGUUGGCCCUAUUCUUCAAAACGAUGUAUUCUCAAUAUUGUUACGUUUUAGACAAUAUAAAUACGUAGUAUGUGCGGAUAUUCAAAAGAUGUAUCGCAAUAUCGGAAUUCAUUUAGAUCAACGAGAUUUGCAACUUAUUGUGUGGAGAGCGAGUCGAAAUGACCCAUUACGUAUUUAUAAAUUAAAUACAGUUACGUACGGCACCGCGUCUGCGCCGUACCUUAGUAUACGUUGUUUACACGAACUAGCUGCGGAGUGUAAUAAUAAGCGUAUAGCUCAAGUCAUUACCGAUGAUAUGUAUGUUGAUGAUGUGCUCACUGGUGAUGAUCAAUUGGAUAAUUUAUUGGAUAUUUGCAAUAAGACAUCGGAAGUGUUACAAAGCGGUUGUUUUUUGUUAAGAAAAUGGACAUUUAACUAUGACGUUGAUCUUGAUACAAUAAAACAGUUAGGCGGUGAUGAGUUAUGUCAGUCUAAAACUUUAGGGUUAGGCUGGUCUAAUAAAAAUGAUGAAUUUAAUUAUACUACUAAAUUAGAAAAUUGCCAUUCUAAAAUUACUAAACGUUUAAUGUUGUCAGUUAUUUCUCAAAUUUAUGACCCUUUAGGUUUAUUAGCUCCGGCUAUAAUUCAGGCUAAAAUUUUACUUCAGAGUCUUUGGCUAUCCAAGUUGGAUUGGAAUGAUACCGUUCCCGCUAACAUUGCACAAUCAUGGAAUAAUUUCGUUACAAAACUAGAAUAUUUACCUAAAAUUAGGAUUCCGCGUCAUGUUCUAAUAGAAAAUGCUACAAUAAAGGAAUUACAUAUUUUUACUGAUGCUUCACAACACGCAUACGGCGCAUGUGCAUAUAUUCGUUCAUUCGUUAAUAAUAAUUCGCCACCAAACGUUAGGUUAUUAUGUGCUAAGUCUAAAGUGGCCCCAAUAAAAUCAAUAAGUAUUCCCAGACUUGAACUCUGUGGAGCAUUGUUAGGUGCAAAAUUAUAUAAUAAAAUAAAAAAUUCAUUACAUCCUGAUGAUUUCCAGGCCCUUACUCCAGGUCAUUUUCUGAUUGGCCGGCCUUUGACUGCGCCCAUGUAUGAAGAUUUGACCGUGACACCUUACACACGUCUUGCUCGCUAUGAUCGAGUGGAGCAGCUACGUCAACACUUCUGGAAACGGUGGUCAAAAGAAUAUGUAUCCGAAUUACAAAGAAGGACAAAAUGGAUCGAAAAUAAAGACCGUAUUUCAAUUGAUACGCUUGUCGUAGUCAAAGACGACUAUCAACCACCACUUAAUUGGAAGUUGGGGAGGAUUAUAAGACUGUAUCCAGGCAAAGAUGGUAUUCCCAGAGUUGUAGAUAUCAGGACCUCCAAUGGAGUCAUACAACGAGCCGUUACUAAAAUCAGUCCACUUCCUGUAUCGUCCGGUCACGAAGGAACGAGGAGCCCCUUGGAAACCGAUCUAAUAUAAUCAAUUUAUCU